AUUAGAAGGACUCUGCAAAACCACAAAGUUGGAGGCAUCAAAUAUGUCCGGCAAAUCAUCAGUUCCGCCUAAUAUUAAUCCACUGCACGUCGACGGCAGCCUUGCAUCUCGCCGGAAUAUGUCAGGAAGACAUGGCACCACCACCAGCAUCGAGCAGACGCAGACGCCGGGCACGCUGCUGCACCCCGCGGCGACGAGGAGCGACGCCGUGAUCGACGGUGAGAUCGCCUGGAAGAAACAGAUGAGAGAGGAAUGGGUGCGAGAGAUGCGAGGGUGGCUGAUGGUGCUCGCCGUUCUGGCCGCCUCGGUGACGUACCAAGCCGGCUUGAACCCGCCCGGCGGCUUCUGGGACGACACCGUGGAACCAAUGGGCGACAAGAAAGGGCACAACGCUGGCUACCCGAUACUCGCCGACAAGGCCUUGCUCAGAUACAUGAUAUUCUAUGUUUUCAACUCCAUGGCUUUUGUGAAUUCUAUAAUCGUAAUCGUUUUGCUCAUGAAGGUGACGUUCUUUUAUGGGGAGGUUAGGCUGAACGUUCUUCGAACGUGGUUGCUGCUGGACUUGUUUUGGUUGAUAGGGGCGUACGCAGCUGGCACAACUCGGGAGCUGGUUUCGUCCGUGAUUGCUGUAGUUUUGCAGGUGGUGAUCUUUCCGAUUGUUGUUUAUGAUGUGUGGUGCAGGGAGCCGCGCGUCCAGGGAGAAGUUCCCCACGGACCACAGGGGGGACUUGAGGAGGAAGAGGACGAGGAGGAAAGGAAAGCAAGGGAGGAGCUCAGGCUAAAGGAAGAAUGGGUCAAGAAGAUGCGAGGCUGGCUUAUGGUCCUCGCCACCCUCGCCGCCUCCGUAACAUACAACGCCGGGCUAAACCCGCCUGGUGGCUUCUGGCAAGACUCAACACCAUCACACACUGCUGGGAAUCCGGUGUUGGCCGACGUGAGUCCAAGUCGAUACGAUAUUUUCUUUGCCUUCAACGCCAGCGCUUUUGCGACGUCGAUAGCCACCAUCGUCUUGCUCUUGAACCAGGGCUUCUUCCGUGCCGAGCUGAGGCUUGCUUUGCUCAAGGGUUGUGUGGUUGGAGGUAUGCUCACAUUGGUGGUGGCUUUCGCCGCAGGCAGCACUCGGGAUUUUUCACGCAUCAUCAGCGUGGUGAUGCUGUUUUCUUACACCAUCAUGCAUCUUAGUUGUUCCAUCCGGCAAAUCGAGAAGAAACAGCCGGCGAUGCCGCCAACGUCUGGCCAGGAAAGAGAUGUUGAGUUAGGAGCAAGCGGGCAACAAACUUCCCCUAAUUAUUAG